UCAUUACACACACUCCUCAGUGGGGUAGCCAGAAGAACUUGCUGCACUUCACAAUGAGAAUCUUCAUUGCCUUCGAGGGGUCUCGUGAGUCGUUUGACAUCGCUCCUAAUGAGUCAGUGGUGGCUAUAAAACAGAUGGUCAAGGAUUGCUUCAGUGUGCAGCUGUAUGAUGAUAAACAGGUACAGCGGUUCCUGGAGCUGAGGUUCGCUGGUGCUGUCCUGCAGGAUGAUUGGUGUCUGGCAGAUGUGGGCAUCUCCUCAGGUUCAACCAUCUGCUGCCAGCUGAAGGAGGUCAGCAAGGCUGUGCUCCAUGUGUUCAGUGCUGUGACGAAGAAGACCCUGCCUAUCAUGGGAACAGCAUGUCUGCUGGAUUCCUCCGUCUCCAAACUUAGGUCCUUGGUGUCCUUGUUACUUGGCCUGCCAGUCAGUGCUUUUACACUGUCGACCCAUAGUGGGGCUGAGCUUUAUGACUGUAAUCUGCUGUCAUACUAUGCCGUUGAAGCUGGAGAUACCCUUUGUCUGGACACUUGGGAUGGCUGGACAGAAUUCUUGAGAGACUCUUUGGAAGGACACAAGAACAAAGUCCAAUGUCAUUUCUCUGAAGAUAAACCAAUUUUAAGGUUUCAGAAACAUUUGGCUCUUUAUGUUGCCGCUGCACAUGGACACCUUGAAAUGGCCAGUUGGCUACUAGACAACGGCGUGCAAGCUCACGAGCCUGUGGGUGUCCACCCUUCCCGUGUGUGGUGCUAUGAAACAGACCACCCUGAGGCCUUAAAAUGUCCUGUACAUGCUGCUGUAGAGGCUGGCCAACUUCACAUUCUGAAGAUGUUCCUCAGCAGGAACAUAUUAAACCUAGCCUGUCGAGAUCCCAGCAACCGAAACCUGCUUCAGAUUGCUAUAUAUCAUCAACGCAAAAAAUGCGUAUCUCAUCUUGUGUCCAAACUGUACACUAUGGUCACCUUUCGUGGUUUCACUCUGUCAACAUGGAUCUAUGUUCAGAUCAAGAUCUGGAUCAUCAAGGCUAAAAGAGGACUUAAGACAUCUGUCCCAGCAAACAGAGGUCCGUUCAGAAGUAGAGUGGGGGACACUUUGCUAAUUGAUGGCUUUUCCUUGUCCAGGAUGUCCUCAGUGCCCAGGGGUUCUGUGUUCAAAGGAUGCACGUGGGUCAACAAAUCAUCCUGUGGGUUUCAGGCUCUGACAUCACAGUUCACAGGCUCAUCCUGUCCAUGUCAUCACCCUGCUGUCCUAUCAUCCCAGAAUGCAUCAGAGCGACUACCGCAGCUGCUUCCUCUUGCCCCAAACAAAAGGACAGGGAAAAAGACUAAGGGGAAUAACGGAUGUGGCAGGAAGAAGCCAAAGGAAAUCCUGGUGGCUGAAAAUACUGAUCACAAACUGUGUGAAUGGAGCAGCAGAGUUCCCCUGCCCCACACAUUUCGAGAUACAGGUCCCAGACCUCUCUUCAUUCACAGUAAUCCUAAAUCAGAAAAAAUACUCUGCUCCUUCACACACCUUUGUGGACGCACUCCAAGAGAGAAUGCAAUAUACUGCUUGGCUAUUGCCAGUGCCUUUGUCGAGAAGCCCUGGCUACAGCAGUUAGCCGUUGCACAAACCCUGGCCCGAAGAAGCGUCCAAAAGUUCUGCAAAGUUAACUAAGAAUGCACAUUUAUCUGGGAAACAACAGGAAGACACACUGAAGGCAGUGAUGGAUGUCUGAAUGUGACUUGGGAACUGACAGCAGCUACUAUUUUUACAACCUGAAAAUAGCAUUUAUUUUUAGAUUGUAGCUACUGUACAUUGUCCUGUAUCAAUGUACUACAACCGACAAGCUCAGAAUAUAGCUACUGAGGCAACUUUUUAAACAUUAAAAUUAAAUGACUGAUUUACUAUAAGGUUAUAUGGGUGUAUACAAAAAUAUAUUGAACUUAAUAUUAGGAAAUUAUGUUGCUGACAGAAUUUC